UUAUAACAGGCACCAUGUCUAUCUUCGAUGAAGACGAAUGUGGAAAUAUAGGAGAGGAAGUUUUGGGAAUUUCUGCGUUUGAAAUUCUGUCAAUUAUCAGAAAUCCGAUAAAGAUGAAACCUCAACUCCAUAACCUGUAUUACUGCCUCCUACAAAGGCUGUGCCCUCAUUUGCCACAGUCGUUAGCUCACUUGGGAGACUUACCCUCACUUGAUGUUGCUAGCAUUUGGCAGCCACACAGUUCAAUCAACUUUGGUCUGACACGCUUAGGAGGCUUACUGACGAAGAAGCUAAAAGAACUUCAUACAGACUACGUAUUCACGUUUUCUGAUUUAAUUAAACCCAGAAAGUCAAGAACCCUCGAAAUUUAUUCGUUUCUUCUAAAUGCAGCAAUAUUCGACCAAGCAAACAGAGCGGAGAGAGAUACAGGGUUUGAAAAUAUCAAGAAGCUGAAAGAAAGAAAGAAACAACUGUCUCAGCGUAAUAACUUCGACAAGGACAUCAGAGAUAGAAAUGAAAGAACAAUCAAUCAAUUGAAUGAAGCGCUCAAGGAAAGGAACGCAAAGAAGACAGAAAAUAAUGAUACAAAUCGCGACAAAUGCAGUGAGUAUCAUACAGUGAGUGGUGCUGUUGCGCAAAUCGAACAGAACAUUAAUCUGAGGGACGAAGAGAUCCAGGAGUGCAGAAUGAUUAUCGCGGAGAACUUAUCACCGAAGAUUGGGACGUUAAAGGUACAGUUACUCGACCCUAACUUGGAUGAAAAUGUUGAGAAAGCUACGCUGGAUGUGGAGAAGUUGAUGGAAGAAAAUGCGAUUAAUAAACAGGCCAUGAAUAACAAACAUAAAACGGAGGAGUGUUGUAUUAACUUUGAUGGGCAGAUAACAGCUACCAGAAGCCAUUUAAAGGAGACAACUAGGAUCACCAAAACUAACGAGGAAAGAUUCUCUGAGUCGCUCUCACUCCAGAAACAGGAAGACAGGAUAGAAGGUGAGCUUGACGAGCUGAGACGAGAGAUAGAACUAGUUCAGCAGAUGGAGAGGAAGACUGAGAAGGAAGAAAUUGUUUUUAAAACUAAAAUACAGAAAGCAAACCACACGGUGGAGGAGAUGCUGAAAUUAGAGCGGGAAGCGGACCAACAGCUGAGUGGUAAGAUUGAGGAUCUGGGGGAACGCUACACGGUAUGGUUGAAGGUGAAGAGUGAAAGAGAGGAUUUGAAAAACGAAACUGAAACUUCAAACGCUAUCGAGGAGCACGUUUCGGUGUUUUUUGACGAGUAUACCAAGUUCCGGGAGUCACUAGAGGAGCCUGGCCGUAUAUUAACAGCAGCUCUAGUAGUCAACAAGAAACAACUUCAACGUGUUUCUCAGAUUACUAAAGUUCAAUUUCCGGGCAUAGCUGGACUACUAAGCAAUACUGUCAGGGACAUCAACCUGCAUCUCAUAAAACCAAACGCUGGUAAAGAUUACUUUGAUUUGGCUGGUAUUGAUAGUAUCGCUAAUUUAGUGUCUCUUCUCGUGACCAAGUUCAAAUUCGUACAAAACGAGUUUAAAAUGCAACGGGUUAUUGACACAUCCUCGAUAGUAGAACUAUUCGAGCAAGUUCUUGCUGAUAUCGACUCUACUAACGAUAAAGAUGAAGCAGAUUUUAUGCCCGUUCUGAAAACAACUCUAAAAGCCCUGAACAACAAGCUGCUGACAAUAAAAGUAGAGGACAGCAAAUCUUGUGAUGUUCCUAAAGUAAUUCCUGUCAACAAGUUCCCUGUGGUUCAGUCGAACAAGGGGGAUUUCAACAAAAUAUUACAGCUCAUCUCAAGUUUGGAGGAAGACUACAAAUCUUUGGAAUGUGUACAAAACCUCGCUGAGCAAGCUAAUUCUGAAAAGCAAAGUACCCAGUUUGCUAUUGACUGGAUCAGUGCUGUAGUGGAGGCAUUUGACAGUGUACUACUGCACGGAGUUGACAGACAUGGACUUCAGGGAGGCAAUGUUUUACUGGAGUACGCCCAAGAGCACGUCAUAACUCAAGCCAAGUUCAGACAACAAAAAUUACAAGAGGAGUCGGACCAGAUUAAAGCUGAUCGAGUCGCACGCCUUCUUCGACAAAAGAUUGGGGAGGAGGAGAAAAAACUUGCUGAUUUCAAAGCUGAAAAGAAGAUACUUGAAGAGCGGCAUAAACUGGAAGAAGAGGAGGAAAGAAAGUUUCAAGAAAGAAAGAGGCUUGAUGAAGAAAGAAAGCUCGAGAAGGAAAGAAAACUUGAAGAAGAAAGGAAAAUUGAAGAAGAGAGAAAGCUUGAAUGGGAAAGAAAGCUUGAAGAAGACAAAAAGGUUGAAAAAGAAAGAAAGAUUGAAGAGGAAAGAAAACUUGAAGAAGAAAGGAAAAUUGAAGACGAGAGAAAGCUUGAAGAGGACAAUAAAAUUGAAGAAGAGAGAAAAGUUGAAGAGGAAAGAAAAGUUGAAGAAGAAAGGAAAAUUGAAGAAGAGAGAAAGCUUGAAGAAGAGAGAAAGCUUGAAGAAGCGAUAGAGCUUGAAAAAGAGAGAAAACUUGAAGAAAACCUCACUCCACCUACUGACAAGGAAAAUGCCGAUGCGAGAAAAGGGAAGAUAAGAAGGCAGACUUUCAACGUAACUCAACCCGCCAAAAUGAGGAGACUCUCGGAAGAUCAGGAAAAUAAGCCAAAUAAUAACGCUACUUUCACCAAAAAGAGGGUGGAGACAAUGGUUACUAACAACACUUAUACCAAAGAAUUAGAAGUGGAGACUGUCUCGAGAUCUAGUGCUCCUUUCCCUGAUUCAGAGAUAAGUUUUAACACUCCAAAAAAGAACGAAACCGUUGUGGUUGGCAAGAGCAAACACGCGGCUGCUGACCGCCGUAAAACUUACAAAGUACCCUCCCCAGUCGAUGUUAACCUUAUCAAGAAUUCUACCAGAAGAUCCAGUUUAGUGUUCACUCCGGAACUCAUGAAAAAUGCAACACGUCCCUCCAAUAUUUUACCUAGAUCCGGUACACCACUUCUUAGAUCCGGUACACCACUGCCUAGAUCCGGUACACCACUGCCUAGAUCCGGUACACCACUGCCUAGAUCCGGUACACCACUGACACCGCAACAAGAGAAGCUAAUCAUGAAGUAUAGCAAUGUUGUGACGUCUGAUACACCACGGAGACGAUCCAAACAAGGUCGUAUGUCUUCUGCUCCCUGUACUCCACUGUUCAGGAUGGCUUUUAGCAGACAGACGUGCCCUAAAACUGAACCCCCUAAAUACACCUGGAGAACUCCCCAGGUAUCCAGGUUGAAUGUCACCGCUCAGUCCCACCCGUCUCUGUUCAGUGAAGCAGAUUUUCAGUUAUCCUUUGCCUCGAGAGUAACGCUGGAUGAAAUUGAUUUGACCCCAGGAGGUGAGGAAGUUUCCAAAUCAGUGAACAACUUCAACUACACACCAUGUGCUCCCCGCAUGGCAGAGGCUAGAUCUCUGGUUCCCCCCACCUCUAGUGGUAAACUUGACUUCUCCUCAUCUGCUAAGAAACCUGAUAUAAGCACGUUAAGAAGAAGAGCUCCUUCAUACGAAUCUCCUAUGAAAUUGGAACAGCCUGAUUUUUCCAAAGAUGAGAUCAGCUUCAACAUGGAGAAGAGUGGGACUGAAGAUGUCGCUCCUCCUCAAACUGGUGAAGAAGAGGAGAAAGAAGAGAAGGUGUCCUCAGAAACAUCAAAUAUUGAAACUCUUAAUAAAGAAGGUGCCAGUUUAGACCUUAGUUGUCAAACUGACGAAGACAGAAUGUCAGUCGAAGAAGAAGUUCAAACAGAUCCAGUUGCUCACGAUGUCGGUUGUGGAUCAGAUAACUCUCAAAUAGACUUUGAGACAGCACAAAAUGAGGAAGAUGAGCCAGAGCCAGUCAGUAAAGAUGUGGCAUGCGGUAGGACGAUUAUUGGGGAGUGUUUGGAAACGUCGGUGGCAUGUGGUACAUCCUUCUUUGAUGAACGCAAAAACAAGUCUGUUGCUUGUGGUAGAACUAUUAUCGAGGAUAAGACUAUCGUUGAGGAUAAGACUAUAAUGGUCGGAACUGAUCACCAAGCUAGGUCACAGGCUCCUAAACAAUUAAAUCCAUUCUGUCUGACUCGCUUCUGCCUGAGGUUAUGCCUGAAGAGAGGAUGUCUCCUGAGAUUAUGCCUGAAGAGAGGAUGUCUCCUGAGGCUAUGCCUGAAGAGAGGAUGUCUCCUGAGGCUAUGCUUGAAGAGAGGAUGUCUCCUGAGGCUAUGCCUGAAAAGAGGAUGUCUCCUGAGGCUAUGCCUGCAGAGAGGAUGUCUCACGAGGCUAUGCCUGAAGAGAGGAUGUCUCUUGAUGCCAAGGUAAUGUCUCCUGAUCAGCCAGCUGCAGAUCCUAUCGCUUCAGACCAUGAUGGUCUCCAAGAUGCCACUUCUGAAGAGCAUAUCCUGGAGGAACCGGUAACAGCUGAAUCUGUACCAGACGAAGCUACAGCAGAGAGGGAAAUUGCUCUGAAUGCUCCAUCUAGCCGCAAAAGAACUCCACCUGUUGACAAUUCUUCGACAGAAUCAGGCUCGAAAAGCAAAGAGAAGACUAAGCAAUCAGGUGUGAAAAAUACAAUCGUUGAUGGGCCCAGAAUGAAGCAAGUGAACUUUGGUCAAGCAUUCUGUUAAGUUUCGAGUUCAAGUUAACUCGGAAGCGAGACUUAUCCUCACAUUGAAUAAUUGGUUAUUUGAACCCUCAUAAUUAACUAAUUAUUAAUAUUCUGAUAGUGGUGAAUUUAGAGUCGAAUUUCUCAUGUUAAUUUUGACUUAUUUUUAAUGAAUUGAUCUAUAAAUCGGGGAAUCGCAAGUUCUCUUGAAGACAAUUACCAGACGACCGAGAAACAUGUAGCAAUGUCAAUGGUGCCACUUUGUUAUUGGCUAAAACGGCAAAUACAGUACAUUUAUCAUGUUUACUGUUUAGUUAGCAAAUUGAUCUAGAAUUGUUUAAAGAAGAAUUAUAGAAUAACAAUAAAUACAACUUUGCACGAUGGUGUUGCCCGCCGGACACUUUCUUAUUUCGAUUGUUGUUUUAUUCAAAGUUGUAUGAUAUUUGUUUAUCAUUGAUACAGAUGUACCUUUCUAUGCGAAUUUUGAAUCAUCGAUAAUAUGUUUUUUCUGAUUGAAAUUUGGAUAGCAUUACUGUAAUUUUCCAAAUUGUAUUUUA